AUGGUGGGCCAAUGCACACAUAAUGGGUGGCAGAUGUUGGGUGCUGUUCAGGUGUUGGGUGCUAUUCAGGUGUUCGAUGUUGUUCAGGUGUUGGGUGCAGUUCAGAUGUUGGGUGCUGUUCAGGUGUUGGGUGCUGUUCAGGUGUCGGGUGCUGUUCAGGUGUUGGGUGCUGUUCAGGUGUUGGGUACUGAUUGCACGUCCGAGGUGCAGGCUGAUGCGUCAGAAGAGAAGCAGAUGGCGGUGUUGGCUGCUAUAUCGUCUGUCAAAGCUGGUGGCAAACGGGCCCGCAUGAUCGACUACCUUGAGGGCGACGCUGCUGCGGCAAAACGUGAAGCACAUGAAGACCUUGCGCUCAUGUUUGCCGCAUGUCGCCUCCCGGAGAACCUCAUCAACCAUCCGCUCUUCGCACCUGGUUGCCCGCGCCGCCGGAAGAAGACGAGUGUUACCAUCGCGUCCGAGAUGAUGACAGAUAAGUGUGGCAGGCCGCAUGCGAAUGUCCUCCUCGUCAACGAUGCGAGCUCCGUCCUGAAGGAGUUUGCGGACUGCAACAUGGAGAAGAAGACAGGGGGGUAUGUCGCGGGGUUACUGAAACCCGUCGUGGAGGAAGUGGAGAAACAUCUUGUCAAGGAGCACCAGAUCCGCCGCAUCAUAAAAAACCGGUGGGGCGGGAGCCUCGCGUGCGCCAUGCAUGUGGAGGGCCGCAUCCUCAACCCCUCGAACCAGGAAGAAGACAUAUUCGGCGACGACACCGAAUGCACGCGCGUCUUCAAAGCAUUCCUUCACCAGCAUGCGGAGUUCCUCGUUGGUUACGAUGGGAAGGGGAGGGAUGGGGCCUGCGAUUACUUGGUUGAGUUGGGGGACGGGCUAAGGGAUUUCUUGGACAUGAAGGGGAGUUUUGGGAUGGCAGAGGUUGUGCCACAAAGGGAGAAGGUGAAGGCGGGCACUUACAGCAUGGUGAAGUGGUGGCAGUGGAACGGGACAGAUCCCCCACCUUGCGCCCCUCGCCAUCCGGGUUCUCUCACAACCCGUCUCGGCUUCACCCUGUGUUGGGUACAGGUGUUGGGUGCCGUUCAGGUGUUGGGUGCCGUUCAGGUGUUGGGUGCCGUUCAGGUGUUGGGUGCCGUUCGGGUGUUGGGUGUCGUUCAGGUGUUGGGUGCCGUUCAGGUGUUGGGUGCCGUUCCGGUGUUGGGUGCUGUUCGAGUGUUGGGUGCUGUUCGGGUGUUGGGUGUUGUUCAGGUGUUGGGUGCUGUUUAG